CAUCUGAGUUCAUUUUAUCACAAGGUCAUGCCGUCAUGGUCAUGGUCAUCGGCAUAGAAACCUUGAAUUGGAAUUACAAAACUUAUACAAGAAAUAGUAAAUAACCCAAGGCAUUGGCUGUUGAAGAAGAAACAAAUGGCUGCGCUUCCUUCUUCCAUUCAUAAAAACCUACUACUUCCCAAGAACAAAGAUGACUACAUAUAUUCCAACAAACCCAAAUUCCAGCUUCCUCCUUAUCUUCACAAUAUGCGGGUUAAUUUGAAUAAGUUGGACUUUGCCCACCAGAUGGUUGAUGAAAUUCCUCAACCAAAGGCGUACGCCUGGAACCAAUUGAUCAAAAGCCAUCUCUCCAAUAAGAAUCCUCACAAUGCUCUCUCCGUUUAUCAUGGAAUGAUGCUUCAUGGUGUCCGUCCCGACAAUCAUACUAUCCCCCGCCUCUGCUUAGACUUAGCGUUCGGGAAACAAGUUCAUGCACAUGCUUUCAAGCUCGGCUUCUCCUCCGACGUCUAUGUCGUCACUGCUUUGAUUCAAUUGUAUGGUAGUCUACAGGGUGUCGAAACUGCGAAAUGGGUGUUGGAUAAUGCCCCCACUUUCAGUUCUGUUGCUCUUACUAUACUGGCUAAGCUGUACUUAGAGGACAAUAAACCCCACUAGGCUUUUGAGAUCUUUAACCGAAUGCUGCGGUCGA